UCGAUGUUCAUGUUUCAUCAUACGAAACAUUCUCAUUUGGAACGCACCUCAGUAUUCUAAGGACCAUCAGCAACAUUUCACGUCUGCGCAAAGCACAAGUUUCGUCAAGAAAAAAUCAAAACAAUCAAGAUGGCUGAUCCCAAUAACGAAGCUGCUUCGUCGAGUGGAGUUUCGGAACCAGCAUCUUCAACUCCUACGAUUCGUGACGACCUCGAAAAGAUUGAGGAUUUCUUGGAACCUGAUAAGAAGCGCCGCAAACUUCUGCGGGGUGAUGGCAAAAGUGAACAAAAGCUGGAACACCGAUUGGGCGGCAUCCUUUGCUGCGCUGUUUGUCUUGACCUACCGAGGGCAGCUGUUUACCAGGUUUUAAAACAUCAAAAUCAUGGCAUGCUGAAAUGGUGUUUGCAGUGCACUAAUGGACACUUGAUGUGCGCUGGUUGCUUCACUCAUGUCUUGGCAGAUGCCAGAUUAAGGGACGAACUAGCAACGUGUCCGAACUGCAGAAUUGAAAUCAGCAAAACGUCAGCAUCUCGAAAUUUGGCUGUUGAAAAAGCGGUAUCUGAAUUGCCAGCUGAAUGUCAAUACUGCGCUAAAGAGUUUCCUCGAAAUUCUUUGGAACGACAUGAGGAAACUAUGUGUGAAGAAAGGAUAUCAAGCUGCAAAUAUAGCAGAAUUGGUUGUCCAUGGAGAGGUCCCAAUCACGAAGGUCCAGAACAUGAAGCUCACUGUGUUCAUCCUCAUCGUACUGGUGCCGAUGUAAUGGAUGCAUUACGGGAUAUCGAUGCUAGAACGUUGGAGGAACGGCGACUCUAUGACAACGUUUUCGAUCUUUUAUCCUAUGAGAAAAUUACUUUCAAUGAUUUACAAAUGAAGCCAUACCGUACGGACGAGUUUGUUCACAAGCUUUUUUACGAAACAUCCCGCUUUACAGCUUUCAAUAAUCAAUGGGUGGUUAAAGCCAGAAUUAAUAACAGUCAACGUGAUCCCACUCAAAGUUCAGAACGUGAUAUGACUUAUCAGCUGAUUUUGAAAACGAAAACUACGUACCCCUUGCCUCUUCAUUAUUUGAUUUUAAAAGGACCGUUUGGUGAUAUGAAAGUUCAGCCAAGGAUUCACAAAUUUGACUUUACUGAACAGGACAACGAAAGCCCUUAUUUACCUCUCCCAUUGCCAGAUACAGCAGAGUGUAACAGACUUCUUGCCGCAAAGGCCAUCAGUUUUCGGUAUGGCACUUGGCAAAAUUUUAACAUCAAUAGGGACGACUCUGAAUUUAAUCCUGGCAACUAUUGACGCCACACCUACGGUAUACCAGACGCGGCCGAUGCCGGACCACUCUGGCAUCUUUUACGAACGCCUUCCUGACAUACGCGUGAACACCACCGACUGGAAAACCAUCACCUACCUCGACCUCGAGUGGCAUCUAUCACUGCAGCCCUGGGGAAUCCCUCAGUAAGAAUCCCCUCAGCGCCAGUCAGUGCUGCAGCUUCCUAACCAGAACCAGGCUCGAUCGUCGUAAGAAGAGGAUUCAAAGUUUGAAAACACAAAUCCGACUCCUCGUGUUGCCCGGGAAGGAAGACAACGGCCCCAAACAAUAGGCCACUCGCGGACUGCCCCUGGGAUUCAUCGGCUCCAUCUCGUAUGCACUAUUCGGGACUCUCACGGAAGACGAUACGGAGCAAUACGGCCACGAAAUCACCGAACUUGUGUCGAAGGGCCAAUAAUAAUUGGCGCACCUCGUAAAGUACUCCACCCAUAUCAUUCGAGAUAAAUGUGAUAGGCUCACGCGUACACGCUCUUGAUAGGGAUAUUCAUCAAAUCGCCAACGCUACUAUCGAUAUCCAAAACACCUUACGUUAGGAGCUCCAAGACAUCCAUCGUCUCAACUAUACUAUGCAUCUUAUCAGCCUAUCGAAACAACAUGAUCGACGCUGCUGAUACUUACAUCGAUACCUUGCAACGCUUCGUGGAUGUCAUUCACUAUGCGCAACUCGGAAUUCUGCAUCCCUAUUUACUCUCCGUCGAGCAGCUUACCACCGCAGCCCGCCAUGUAAGGAAUCUACGACGUCUCUUGAGUUUCCUAUUACGAUGAUUAACCUGCGAGCGACAGUUCUCUUAACUAUCAGUCGCAUCACUACGACGUGUCAGGAGGGUCGUCUCCUGAUGAGUAUCACCGUGCCGUUACUGGAAGCAAAACCUUUCCAACCAAAUAGGCUCUACCCAAGCAUUCGGCCCCAGAAUUUUAACAAAACAAUCAAGGGCACGGCCUACAUCCAGCUACGCUUCGGUAUUGGUCCGCUGUUCGGGCUUGGCAGGGCUCUGAUGCGUCGGCUGGGCAUAGUCCUGGCGGCCUCGCUACUGGAUGGCACGGGGCUGUCUUUGCCGGCGCGCUGGUUUGUCGUCUGCGUCCCGGACAACAUGGCGACCUCCAUGGCCUGUCAAGAUCCUCCCGGGCACAUCCGUGGAGUUGGAGGAAGAGGGCUUCAUCGCUCUUACACGGGCCUCUUUACAAUCCGUUUGACGGGACUGCAUCGGGGCUGCACUCAUGCGUGGUCACUGUGGCUAGUUGCCGGGGUUCAUUCUCCACGCGGUCUCGGUCAGCUGGUCUUGAUAGGACUUAAUAGGAUAGGGGUCCUGCCCAUGCCUUCCCUGAAUUCCGCUGCCUAGGCAACGUAGCCACUCCCUCGAUCCUUCCUUGGUGCUUGGUCGUCGUAGAUGGUCCGCGAUGUCUUUGAGCCAGUGUCCUAGGGGAAUGACGGCGUGGAGGGAUUUUACGCUACUAACAAUAGUCUUAAAACACUAAAGAUAUGAUAUAAACAAUAGUAUACGCAAUGAAUAACAAUAUACGCAAUACGCAAUGCUCAAGGCGAGUGAUACCCUCGAGCCAGGUGGCGAAGAGGAGUCUGUAGUAACAUUUCUGUUACAAGAUAUAGACAAUUAAAAAAAAUGUAAUCUUGAAUGCAUACAGGGUGUUCCAGAACUACUUUUGGACCGGAAAGUGGACGAUGCCUGGAGGUGCCCUGAGUACCCCCCGGAAAACCGUUUGCCAAAGUUCGCAAUAGUUUUUAAAUGAGAAGCAUUUAAGUGAGGCCAAUCAGAACGAAGGAUUUCCGCGGAUCGUAGCAGCGUGGUGGGAAGUACACUCGCGGAUGCCAAAUAUAGCUGAUUUGCAAUAGCUUCCCACAAAUUCCGCGCUGAUCAAUUGUUUCCUAGCCCAACAGAGCGUCGUAGAAUUCGUUGACAAAGUACCAAUAUGGGCAUGGCCGUGACUUAGACUGGCGCAACAGCUACACGUGCAACGCGCGAACGGCAAUUGUUUCGGGAUACGCAUUUAGCCAGACGAAAACCGGUACACGGUGUCCAAAACGUCAUGCAAUGAAUUUUAUAGUAGUCCUGAGGAAAACAGAUUAUUAAAGCGAGAGAGAGCCAGGAGGGUGGGUGGUGAGACUGAUGCAUUAAAUUUAAAAUGAAUUGAAAACUAAACAUAGAAGUAUUAUUUUUUCGUCUUGUGAAUAGCCAUAUCAAAUUUCUAAGACAUCGCGAUUGCUGAUUUCAAAGUUAUAGAGUAAUCAGCGAUUGUGGAGACAUUAAAAAAUACGUAAAAUAGGAAAAUGGAUUAGGAGAGAAACGCAAAGAGACAUCCCUUUUUUCAUUCCCAGAAUGUCCACACCAAAUUGCAGCUCUGUGCGAUUUCCGCUGGCAAAGUUACCCAAUACUUAUCGACUCUGAAUUUUCAAAAAAAUACGUCAAUUUGAAAAAAUGAACUAGUAGAGUAAUGCAAAAACACGUAUCACUUUUUUUCGUUCCUAGAAUGUCUACACCAAAUUGCAGCCCCUUGCGACUACCGGCGGCAAAGUUGCCCAAUACUUGUCGACUCUGAAUUUGCAAAAAAUACGUCAAAUUGAAAAAAUAUACUAGGAGAGUAAUGCAUGUAAUUCAUUUGCUGAAUUCAGUGAAGUAACAAUAUUAGUAUCACGUGGGUUUCCUGUGUCUUUUAUUAAUUAACACGUGCAUCACACACCGAGCACAGCGUACAGAUAUCCCCACACGCAGGUCUAUUGCGGGAUCUAUCUGCAGGUAGUGCAUUACAUGCACUGUCUAGUCUGCCCUGUCCUCGGCAGUCUGCGUGCGCAUGCACCCGUAGCAGAGUUCCUCCUCCACGCCCCGCACAUAUAAGCAACCGAAAAAACACCGCCCUUUAUUGAAGGGGGUGAAGAAAUCGUUGAAGGGCGGCGGUAUAAGAUCUAGCAGCGGCCCCUCAAACGGUCCCUCACCCCCUCGGGCAGUGUAUCUGGCCUCGUUGGUGCCAUAAUCUCUAACGUUUCAGUUUUUAAAAAAUAAAUAUGUUUAAAGCAAAUACAAAA